AUGAUAUUUAGUAGUGCGGUGAAUAUCGUUUGCAUGACCAGCCGAAUACGAGUUUUAAAACAUUUUACUUCAGGUUUGCACUAUAACACGAAGCUGGCUGGUUAUGCGUCAGAUGAGCUUGGUUUGAGGAUGGAGCUCAUCUUGCGCAUUUGUCCAGGAGCAGUCAUGUAUAGGACACACUUGGGCGCGAUCAUGUCGAAUUUCGAUCGUGAUAGUAAAUCAAAUACUUACAUGAGGAAACAAUUGGAGCAUGUUUCAGGACGAACGCACGAUUGGCCUUCAUCUGAUUACAUCGAGAAUCGAUUGAAAUGA